AUAAAUUUUUAUAAAUAAUUUAUUGUAGCCUUACUUCAGAGUCAGUCGUUCUGCUGCCUCAAAGCAUUCAACAAUGGCUUACUUCUAUAAUAUUAGUUUCUUUUGUGUAAUAAUAUUGUGCUUAGCCAACAUCGGCCAUGCCUCCGCUUACAACACAACGGUAUGGGAGGAAACAAAAAGCGGGAAUGUCACCGACGAAAGCCGAGAAUAUGCAACAACGGAGAAGAAAAAUGACUGUGAAAAUGGGAACUGUAACUCAACCCAGACGCCCAAAAUCAACGCCGUUAGCACCGACGAUACUAGAAAGAGCACACCGGGAGCAACAGGAGGAAAACCCCGUCACAAUGUUUCAGGUAAACAAAUUAAGCAAGAUGAAGAGUCCAAGUCCACUGAGAGCAGUGGCAGUCGAAACUCUUUAGCAAGGCAGGGAGUAGCUCUUUGUGUGGGUGCACAUUGUAGCCGGCCGCCAUCAACUGCAGUUGACAUACCGGACGUGGCGAAGGUUCCCCCUUGCAACAGUUCUGGGAGGACUGCUGUAGUACAUGUAUGUCUCCUUGUUUGCAUUUGGAUUGUACAUCUGUUCGUGUGAAAACAGCUGCAACAUGAAGACUUGACAUGUUCUUAUAUUCAUCCUGCAUAGUAAAACACUACAUGAGAUGGCGAAGAACUUAAGUUUUUAUAAUUAAAAAUCUUAAAAGAUUUUAAAUUCCCUUGUAAUAGAGUGGUAAUUGACUGAAAAUAUACAACUAAUGAGUGUUGAAGAAUGUAAUGUUAAAACCGACUGAUUCUCGUCAAAUUUUUUAUAACAGAAUUCUUUAUUCAUUUGUGUGUCGAAUUCAAAGUUCAGAAGCCUGUUACAGAGUCAGCACGAACACCAGAACAGCAAGAAAAUGAAAUACAGGGCAGAUCAAAACAACUAAUACGUGGUAGAGUCAUUAAGUUCGUGGAAUGUGGUUUUAUCGCAUCAUAUUACAAGGUAUUCACAUACA